AUGAACGGCGAGACUGCUUCCGUCAGCGACGUGUUUCCGUCUGCUGGAAAGUUAUCAACAUCUCGAAUUUUCACUACUGCUAAUGGUGAGGGACUAAAAUGGAAAGAUAAAUCAAAGUUACAUUGUGUUUCCACUAACGAUGGUUCGCCUAUCGCAACGUAUAAUCACAAGAAGCUAUCUUCAGCAUUUACGGGCAAAAAGGCCACGCUAGAUAUCUCCCCUAACGCGACCCACCUAACGGAUAUUCUUGUUGUGACAUGGGUGAUCGCUGCGAAAAAGUCACAAGACAGGAGUAGUGCUGCUGCCGCAAGUUCGAGUUCUGCGAGUAGUGCAGUGGCCUCGGGUGGUGGAUGUUAA